GGAUUGGUGGAAUCUAUAAAUUAAAGGAAGAGCACCAAAUCUUGAAAAAGAAACAAACAGAGGCGUUCCGUUCUGAAAUUCCGAAAGCAGAUGCACUAUAGCAUUUUUAGUACCUGCUCCACUCUGUUUCCAUGCUUCCAAUCCUAAAAAUCGUUACUUUCUCUAUUAAGUGUGAGAUGCAUGCUCCUGACAAAUUCCCAGUCCCUUUUGAGCGAGUGAGACCCAUCUAAUAAUCAAACUUCAUUAACCAAAAUGGACUGCUCCAUCAACUUCCACAAGCUCCAAACAAAGAAAACCACGAAACCUCGGAAACAUCAUCCACAGCUCCGAAAGAUCGCAAACAUGUUGCGUUACGCGGAGUUGUGCGUUGUUCUGGUCUUGGUUUCGAGGCUCUCCAUCAACCUACCCUACACAACCGAGUGUUUCCGCAACUUCAUGGGUAGCCCUCGCUUCGUUUUUCUCCUGGGAAACGUCAUCAUCAUAACGCUCUUCGCACAAUCUGGCCACUUUUCAUCUUCAGCCAAACGUGCCCCAGAACCUGCAGAUCUCUAUCUCGAGUUCCUCCAAAACACCACCAUCCAUCAGAAACUUCAAGUCCACGUCAGCAAACCAAAGCCAAGUGCGAGAGUAUUGGAGAGUGUUAUAAUAAAGGGCACCAAAACUGCAGAGACUGGUUUGGAGGUGAAGAAGGAUUAUAGAAGGUCUAAAUCGGAUAUUGUUGUGAAGCGCGUGGAGAGUGAGAAGGUGCCUCCACGCGUGUUGCAGAGGUGUGAGACUGAGAAAGUUCUUGUUAAUAAUAACUCGUACCCUGAAGAUGGCAUGAGCAACGACGACUUUCGUCGCAAGGUUGAGGCUUUCAUUGCUCGCCAACAGAGGCUACGAACUACAGAACUCUGUAAUUAAUUAAUAGGAGUAUAGGACUAUGAGUAUUGGUAAAAAAAAUAUAAAAAAACUCAAAUGUCUGUAUAUUAUUGCUUCUACUAUUGGGGUCAAAAGUGAAAAAACUAUACACAUGCAGUGCUAUUGCUUCGGUUUAAUCAAUAAACAAACAAAAUAUGUGAUGUAUGUACUGUAUAGAUUAAAUGAAAGUGAGUAAAAUAAUGUUUUGAUUGAUCCUAUAA